AUGAAUACAACUAUUACCCAUCUCUCUCUUCAGAGAUUUCUUGGGUCACCAUAUUUAUCAUUUUCACCAAAGACAAUUAGUAGCAAGUUAAAUAUACAGAAUUCUCACUUUUCGCAAUUCGGAAAUUCAUUUCUUUACUCAAUCACACGCAAAAUCUCAUUAAACUUUAAUAAAGUCGAUUUUAACAACUUCCAAAAGAAUUCUAUCAUACUUAAUUCUGAAGAAAAGGCUCAAGUUUCUAUGGCGACACAAUAUACAGAUCAAAUCUUUCCAGAAAACGAAACUGCUACAUUUUAUCGUUGUCAUUUUAUUAACUGCAAAGGUGAUGAGACUGGUGGUGGCGCUAUCUCGUGUGAAGACAACGAAUUCGAAAUAAAUAUCACAAAAUGCGUUUUUGCUAAAUGCCUAGUUAUGAAUUCUACAGGUGGAGCUAUUUAUGUUUCAAAAACACGAUCAUUUUCUAUUUCAAAGUCAUGCUUUGGCCAAUGUACUUCCGAAUUACAAGCACACACUGUUUACGUGAAUGGAAACAAGAAAAUAAUUAAUUUCGAAGAUGACACAUUCUCAGAGAACGGAAAUACAAAAGUUCCUGAUACAAUUUUCACAUCUGAAGCAAUAACGUUUUUAUCUAGGUCAAAUAUCACUUCAAACAAAGCAUCAACAGGAGCUUUAGGGCAUUACUUAAAUUCCCAGUCAUUACGCCUCCAAGAAAAUAAUUUUGUUGAAAAUAUCGGAACAACAGGAAUUGCACAUCCUAAUGUCUCCUGCAACAUUGACUAUACAGAAGAAUGGACCCAUAACAAUAUAUAUUUCAACAAACUUGAAGUUUUUAUUCACGGACAUAUUUCAUUAGAAAUAAGGAACCUUUAUACAUAUCAAAACAAGUUCAACUUUUUCUUUAACUGCCCUACACCUUCAAAUGUUAUCUUCAAAGGCUGCAAUUUCGACUUUGGCGAAAGUGGUCUGAAAAAUAAGGCAGUUGUUGAGCGUAAGAUCUAUGAUUACCGCACGGAUACAUUGUUUAAUGCUGAUAACCUCCAACCACAUGCUUUUAGCCAUGUUGCAGUUGAUUAUUGCAAUCCCUACAAUUUCAGAAAGCCUUUCACAAGGGCAAAUAAGCCUGUUGAGUACUUGAAUAACCUUCAGAUUGAUAACCAUCCUCAUAUUAUAUUUUUUAUGGGUAUUUUCUUUAUUUGUAUACUUGUUAUUAUUUAUUUCCUUAUUGGAAGAAGAGCAGAUGUUCGUCUUGGCAUGCAGCGUUUAUAUUAA